AUGAGUCUGUCGUUAAAGACGCCCGAUUUUAGCAAGGGAAGAGGAUCUAAGGGCAAGCGGCGCGAACUUGGCGAAGAGCAAAAGCAAGAAAUCAAAGAAGCAUUUGACUUGUUCGAUACAGAUAAAGACAGAGCAAUAGACUAUCAUGAACUUAAGGUAACGUUCCUUUUUAUUUUAUGCGCUUGCAUUUGUCUUCUCUGCUGUGAUGUCUUCAGUGAACGUUAGGGGUAACGUAGGGGCAAGAUCGAGGAUAGCAUUGUAGGUUGGCGCGUAAGGGAUUUUGGAAAUUGCUGUCCUUUGUUCACUAAUGAUUGUGUGACCUGCCUUUGAGUUCGACUUUUCACUAAUUGACCUUUUAAAAGUAAUUAUUCUUUGGGUCUUGAAAAAAAAACACAAAGGGAUGAAAUUAAACCAUUCUUCAAGGGCACAAUGGCUGGGUAACAUAAAAUGAAAACGUACGUUUUGCGGUCUGUCUUUUCUCAUCUUGUGACAAGACGGCAUUGUACGUCUUUUAUAUAAGUAUUUUUUUUAAAUUGGGGUUUUAUAAGAUUCGUGCGCUCCUUUUUUUGUUGCCUUUUUUUCUUUUUCAUGACUUAAUGCCUUGGAAAGAAAGAUAUUCUUGGCUUCCAUCGGGCUAGCUGAUCGAAGUUUCAGAAAUAUUUGCAUACUUCUCUCGGUAUCAAAUUUCCUGUUCUUUGUGAUAAAUAGUUGUAGAAAUUAGCAUGUUAACUUACAUUAAUUGAACUAGGCGAAGAUCAUCUGAAGCCACCCUUUUUCGUGUUUAGUGUAUUUGAUACUUAUAAUGUAGUAUUCUUAGAAGUCUCUAGUUCAGAAUGUUGAGCUUGCUUUUAAUAAUUGCCAACUAUCUGUAAUAGAAAAUCUGACUUGGUUUAAUACAACUGAACUUGUACAUGUACAUGUACUUGUCUAAUCUGGAGAUAACAGAGAUUUAAUUUUGCACCACAUUUCCGUGAUGGAUUGUUUUUGUGAGUCUUUGGUUUGAGAGAUUGUUCAACAGAAGUACAGUAAACUCGUAAGUGAUUAUUAUUUCUUUUUUUAAUCAUACUGUAUUCAACUUGUCAGGAAUGUAAUUCAUAGUCAUGGCAACUUAAGUGCCUUGUCAAUUAUAAGUUUAUGCCAUUAGUGUGUCGUUGAUUACUUGUGCAGCCGUACCACUGAAAUUAUGUCUUCCUCAAUUACUCUUACUUUGCUCUUUUGUAUAUAUGUUACAGAUCAACUUAAGUUAAAUCAAAAUUAACCUGAGAUCCAAUUUGACCUGUAACAUGUAAUAUUGCGUAGUGUAAGAUAAUUGUUUCCUGCUACUUGCUAACAGAUUUCCUUGUUUUUUUAGAAUGUAAUGCGUGAGUUUGAACAAUCUCAAGUAACUCUCUCAAGUUUGACCUUGUUCUGUUGCAUGGGUAUUAAUUAUUAUAGGAAUUUUUUUUUUUGGAAAACCUUACAUUUGAAGAUAUCAAGGAGUCACAUAUAAUGUAUCUUGCCAUCAUCAAAUAGUUUAUUGUGUCUUGUGAAUGUGUUAUCCUGGUCAAAGUCUUUCAAGGAUCAUUUAAGCUUGAAGAUCUGCAUUACAAUCCUAGUGCAUAUCUUUGGGGAUCUUUAUAAAAAAUCUCAAAGAUCUUCAAAAUUGUUACCAAGUACAUCAAGGUUCUCACAAAGAUAUUGGAGGAUGUUUGAAGGUCUUUACAUUGUUUGUUGAAGAUCUUUGUAAAAAGAUCUUAGUAAAAUCCUCAAAUAUGUUCUUGAUCUUGUGUGCAGUAAGUGUGACCUAAAUGUACAUGUACUGUAUGAGACCUGCUGAGAUUUUGAUUUCUUAUUAUACCAGGUAAUGCUGCAGUAAAUUUACAGCUGCAUAUUAACAUUUGUAAUCUUUGUUAAUUUAUAUGUUGUAGGUGGCAAUGAGGGCUCUUGGGUUUGAUGUGAAGAAAGCAGAUGUUUUAAAAAUCAUGAAGGAUUAUGACAGGGAGGCAUCAGGGAAAAUCACAUUUGAUGACUUCAAUGAAGUCAGUAAGUACAAGAAAUUAAAAAUAUUAAUGUCAUUUGUGGCAAAGUAAGCCUCCAGCCAGAAAAAGUUAUGUUGACUCAAGGCUGCUGCCUAAGAAAUUUUUUUGGGAGUCCUUCAAAGUUAGGAGCCCGUGCCACAUUUUUAGGAGCCCAAUUCGAAAAAAUCAGUAACUUUUAUUAAACAUGUCAAACUUCUGGCACACGAUAACUGGUGCACUAAUUGGUUAAUCGAUUUAUCAUUAAUCCAACUCUAGGGUACAAAUAGUAGCAUUAUAGUAAAAGGUCAAUUCAACGGCCAGUCUCCUUUUUUUGAUCUAGAGGUUUUUCACUUCAUGGUAUUUCAAGAAGAGAACCCUGUGUCUGAACUUAGUUUUAAUCAGUUCACCAGAAUGACUCUGCUGAUAGUGUUUGUAUCUUAAGUUGACUGUCUUGACCAGAUCCUUGAAACUUGAUUCAUGCUUCUCGGAACGUAAGUCUCCCUUUUGACCCGUCACACAGUGCUAAGGAGCAUUACUUGACUAGCCUGUACAAAGAUGUUUUCGUACUUUUCUUUUCUGCCACCCCUACCCCCUUGCAUUGGCAGUCAGUAAAUCCCCCACAGUUUUUUGUUUUUUAUCACGCGUGCUCGAUGGACUCUUAAGAGAAAAUAGAGGGUCUGUGAACAGGCUAUUGCAUGAUUAGAAGAGUUGAACGAAUCAAGUUUUGAAAUGCGAAAACCUUGAGUUUUGAGAAACCAGCAAUUUUAUAUUCACCAAGUUCGAAAGAAUUUCACGAAACGAUUUACACGGUAUCUCUCGAAAAACAUAACAAUAAUCAUUUGCGCAUACAGCGAACGCACCAACCAAAAGUACAUGGGUCUACAAUUUAAGCUAAGUUAAGUUCAAGUUUUUAGGCGAUAAAAAGGACCAAUGAAAGGUUUUUUAUCUUGAAGUUCGGAAAAUUGACCCAUUAUUUUUGUAUCAAGUCUAUCUUUUGAACUAACUGUUUUUAUAUUUGUGAAGGUUUGUAUUUAUGUGCAUUGCGUGCGACAGCAUAAAUCAUUUUAAAAAAAUGGAAUGUUUUUGCAAGCCUUUCAAAAGUUACCACAAAACAUACAGCAAAAAUGGAGAGGUGUACAUAAAGCUGAAUAGAUGAUAAAAGAAACCUCUGAGUGUACCAUUCGUGUUCGCAGCAAGAUAGAAAAUGUUACAAACUUGCAAAAGUAUUGUAAAACUUGCAUACCGUAUGUCACAUGUAAUUUGAAACCUCUUGCUUUUGUACGGAUCGUGACUUUUUAUCAGUUUUUACUUCAUGCAAUAGCAACCUAACAUUUCUAACGCCAGGGAAAAGUCAUGAUUUUAUCAUGGAAGGUUUUUCGAAGACUAUAAAUUCAUUCGAAGCCAUUUUCAGACGAGAAACUUCAACUGCACUGCAGUGGUAGUCUGUUUGUUUACCUUUUAUCGGCGGAAAUCUUUUUUGCCUACGGCCGAUGACCAAAUGUUUUCCGUUUUCAUUUCAAUAGUGCAGAAUGAGCAGGGAAUUUUGUUGUUUGUUCACCAAAAUUUAUCCUGAGAAUCAUAAGUUUUAGGUGCCCUUUUCGGGCUUCCUGUUUGAAAUUUUGGUUGCCCGAGGGUAAAUCGUAGGUACCUCUGACGAUCAGGUUCCCGUUAGGCAGCAGCCUUGACUACUUUACAGUCUCUUCAUUAUUGAAAUAAACUUCUGGGCUGGGCCGUACAAAAUUGGGUUAAGAUCACCCAGGGUUAGUGAGAAAUUUGAAGUUCAGAAUGAGGGUGAUGUGAAAACUUAAAAAGGAAAUUCAGUUUACUUCUUUUUGUCCUCAAUUUGUUUGUUGGAUGCUGUACAAAGAAUUAUAGAAAGUUAAUCGAGAAAAGGCAUUUGAAUAGCCAGGGACCAAGCUCUGUAGUGGGGGAAAAUAUAGGGUGAAGCAAAUUGCCUACAAUACUUGAUUGCCAAGCGGCCUACUUUAACAUCCUAGCUGUCUACUUUAAAACUUAAUAAGAGCUCUGAAGUUAAAUCCUGGAUUAGUAAUAAUCAGCCUUCAAACAACUGGCCCAUGUGACUUGUAUGUAAAUGAUCAGGAGGGACAAGGAAGAAAUUUGCAAAAGGCGGCUUAGAUGUGAAACAUUAUUUUUGUAAUUUUAUAACUUUUAUUAACUGUUUCAUACUUAAAGGGUGAAUACAACACAAAAACACUGCAAAAAAUUAACAAUUGAAAUUACUUUAAAAAUACAACAAAACACUAUCCAAACAAAUUUCGUUGUACGCUAUUAGUGUACGCUUAGAUGUGAAACAUGCCUACAAUGUAAUUACACAAUGAAUCUCAGGAACUUGAUCCUUGUAACCUGCAGAUUAUGAGCCACUAUUGAAACUGCUGGCCAGUAUUGCUUCCAGUUAACUUCGCGUAAAUUACGUUUUAGCCACAUUUUUUUUUUAUUGAAUUCAAUUUUUAUUUAGAAUGAUGUCAUUUCAGUGCCAAGAAAGUACAUGUAGAAUGCAUGUGUCCUGGCUUACAGUAAAUACUGAUGCGAGAAUUUAGAACCAGUCUCGCAACCCUACAUCCCUAAUUAACUGUUCCACAAACCACAAGCAACACCAUAAUUCACGAAAAAGGUUUUCUACUCUUUAUGUUUUAGUGACAGACUGGAUGUUAGACAGAGAUCCUCAAGAGGAAGUAUUUAAAGCAUUCAGACUAUUUGAUGAUGAUGACAGUGGCAAGAUUAGUCUCAGAAAUUUAAGACGAGUAGCUAGAGAGCUGGGUGAAAACAUGACAGACGAAGAGUUGCGUGCCAUGAUUGAUGAGUUUGAUAAAGAUGGAGAUGGUGAAAGUGAGUCUUUUAAAAUUUGUAGACUUUUUUACUUAAAUAUUAUAAUUUAUAGACACGAAAAUUAUUUAGAAAAACAACCUGUAUUAUUUAAUUACCCUAAUAUAUUGUGGUUUUAAAAAGUGAUAAACUGUAUUUCCUUGACUAAAUGCCCAUGCUCUGAUAAGCGCCCCCUUGACCUCCCCUUCCCCUCACUUUCUUAUAGUAAGGAUGCAAGAAAAACCAGCUUCUAUCACCACUUUGUAUUUAACUUUUUAGGCUUCAACUAUAGCAGAAUCAGUAUGGAAGAAUAGUUUCUUUUCCGUUAAGUCACUUCCAGUUAUUUCUGUAUCCAUGGUGGCUUGAAGAGUUCCUUUUUGUUUGUUAUCUCUUCUUUUAAUUUUUGUCUUGUUAUUACCGUCACUCUUGGUAAAUGCCGUAAACUUGCUAGGAACAACUAGACCAUUCUCUGAUUCAUUUAAAGGAAAACCUAGUAAGGUACUGCUCUGCCCUGCAAACAGCUAGACCUUCAAGUGGCUCGGAUGACCACACAAAUGGCAGUCCCUUUUCCUGUAGAAGAUGUAAAAGUAGUGUCCUCAAUUUUGUACUUUCAUGCUCAAAUAAAGGGCAUUUUAUGUAUUAUUAUUAUUAUUAUUAUUAUUAUUAUUUUUAUUGUUAUUAUUAUUAUUGUUAUGAUCAUCAUCAUCAUCUUUAAGAACCCUCCCCUGAGUAAUUGCCCAGUAGCAGAGAAAUGCCUUCACCCUGCCUCAGACUCCCAGUACAUAGAAAGUUGUGUCUGAUAGCCCUGUGCUAGAGGAAUGAAUUUUGCAAUCAGGCUAGUAAAUUCUGAAGGAGUGAGGAGAGACAGGCUAUUCACAGACUACACUUGCCCAACAAGCAAGUGCUUUGACUGGGAAACGUUUGUUUUUUGGGUGGGUGGUUGCUUAUGAGAGGUGGUCAGUCAAGAGACAUAGUUGGACAAUUUGCACUGUAGCCUGUUCCAGGUGUUCAGGUAGCCCCAGUACCCCACCACCUUUGCGUUUUUUUUUCUCCUCACAUCUCUUUGUGGUAUGCCCACAAUCUGAACGCUUGGAACAGGCUAAGUUGCACAUGGAGGGUUGAGUGUAUGUACAAAUGGGAACUGCUACUGGUAGGUCAAGUAGCUAUUGCCUGCUAUGUGGUAUAAUAUCAUGUUGCCCUGUUACGGAGAAACCAUACAGGCUAAAAAAAGAAAAAAAGAUUGUGCAAAGAGGUGUUCCUCUACUCUUUCAACAAACGCUUUUGCCAUGGUCUGGGACUGAACUGUUAUGAACUCCUCUAAUUUUGCAGUUCAUCAUUCAAAUUACUUUCGUAUGUUUAUCCGUUAUUCAUUCAUGUGUUUAUUUAUUAUUUUCUCCUGUAGUUAAUGAAGAGGAGUUCCUGGCUAUAAUGACUGGUGAUACUUGAAGAAAUAUAUACUAAGAAAGCUAGUACAUUUUGUUCACACAUCUUGGGACAUAUAUUUUUUUGUAAAAAGAAAAAGACAAAAAUAUGCAAACAAAUACUGUACAUUAGACUUUUUUUUGGUUGUACCUAUUUUAUAAAGCCAGGGCAGAUGAUGUUUGACGUGGGUUUUUAAAGGACUACUGAAUAAAUGGUUAAUAAUUCAGGCCAAUGUAAGAACAGCCUUUCAAUGAUUAAAUUAUUUGAUUU